UCAGUUUUCCACAAACAUUUAACAUAAGAAAAACUGCAGAAUAUUAUGUGAAUACUUGCAUAAUUUUCCACUUGAUAAAUUUUAUACCAGUCAAACACUUAGCUAAAUGAAUUCACCCAAAAAUGGCGAAACAGUGAAGAACACGUAGCUGGUUGAUUAUCAAGAACUACUCCAGCCCACAGCGGGGCCACAGCUGGCCCCGGCGACUCUCUCUGUUGGUCCAUUCCCAUAUUCAAUUUUUCUGCCGAAGACUUUGUGACAUCGAUGACACCUUUAUUGUUCGUCCCAAGAAGACAAUUAAUAAUUCGUCGUCGUCGAUUUGUGGCAAACGGACACUCAAUCGUUGGUCUCCCGCCAUGAAUUCUUGCUCACCUCCUCUUCUCUUCCUCCUGCUUCUACCAGUAAUACUUUCACCACUCGCCACCGCUCAGCAGCCCGAGUUCAUCGUCAAAGUCUGCUCCGACGCCGGGAACUACACCGCCGGCAGCACGUACCGGCGAAACCUGAACACCGUCCUCUCCUCGCUCGCCUCCGACGACCGAACCACCACCGGGUUCUACAACGUCUCGUCGGGCCAAUCCCCGGACCGGGCCGACGCUAUCGGGCUCUGCCGCGGCGACGUCGGGCUGGGCGACUGCCGAAGCUGCAUCGCCAACGCCACGGGCCGGAUCCUCCUGGACUGCCCGGCCCAAAAGGAGGCGGUCGGGUACUACGACUUCUGCAUACUCCGGUUCGCGAACCGGUCCAUCUACGGCGUCCGGGCCCAGAACGCGGUUACCUAUUUCUUGAGCAACAACAACAACGCGUCCGACCCGGCCCAGUUCAACACCGCCUUGGAGAGGCUGCUGAGGCGGCUCCGCGGCCAGGCGGCGGCGGGGACCUCCGUGAAGAAAUUCGCCACGGGGACGGAGCGGGAGGGGUUCGUCACCAUCUACGGGCUCGCGCAGUGCAGCCCCGAUUUAUCGGGGACUCUCUGCGACGACUGCCUCGUCGAGGCCAUCGGCCAGGUCCCGAAUUGCUGCGGCGGGAGAGUCGGAGGACAGAUCUUGAAACCUGAUUGCCAGGUGAGGUUCGAGACUUCUCGAUUUUAUACCGAAUCGCCGCCGCCACCGCCACCGCCACCGCCGCCACCGCCACAGUCUCUGUCUCCACCGCCGAGACCACCGGCUACUUCCCCGCUGCCACCUCCGGAUGGAGGCGGAGGAAGUAAGAAUUGGGGUAGGAUUAUAGCUAUUGUGAUUCCGAUCGUUGGCGCCGCCGUGAUCGGCUUCAUCUUCAUCUUGUGCUGCCGCCGGAGACUGAAGAAGUCGAGACUCCCGAACCAGAGGUCAAGCCAUCUCGACGCAACUGCCGACGAAAUCAGCAGUGAAGGAUGGUUGCAAUACGAUUUCGAAACGAUUCAAGCCGUGACAAACGAUUUCGCCUACCAAAACAAGCUCGGAGAAGGUGGAUUCGGAGUCGUCUACAAGGGGGUGUUGUCGAGUGGUGAAGAAGUAGCUGUGAAGAGGCUGGGAAAAGAUUCAGGACAAGGUGAUUUAGAGUUCAAGAAUGAAGUCAAGCUGGUGGCAAAGCUUCAACACAGGAAUCUCGUCAGGCUUCUUGGAUUCUGCUUGGAAGGGAGAGAGAGGCUUCUUGUCUACGAGUUCGUUCCCAAUGCUAGUCUCGACCAAUUCCUCUUUGAUCCGGAUAAACGAGCGCUUUUGAACUGGGAGAGACGAUAUAAGAUCAUUGCUGGCAUAGCACGAGGGAUGGUCUACCUUCACGAGGAUUCUCGGUUAAGAAUUGUCCAUCGGGAUUUGAAAGCCAGCAAUAUCUUGUUGGAUGCCGAGAUGAACCCGAAGAUUGCAGAUUUCGGAAUGGCGAGGCUGUUUGAUAUGGAUGAGACUCAGGCAAAUACCAACAGAAUUGUCGGGACCUAUGGAUACAUGGCUCCGGAGUACGCAAUGCAUGGGCAAUUCUCGAUGAAGUCGGACGUGUUCAGUUUUGGAGUGCUUGUUUUGGAGAUUGUGAGCGGGCAGAAGAACAGUUACCUCCAAGGUGGCUCGAGCAUGGAGGAUCUCUUGAGUUAUGCAUGGAAGAACUGGAGGAACGGGACAUACACGAGCCUCGUAGAUCCGUCUCUGGGGAACAAUGUCUCGGGCACAGAGAUCGCGAGGUGCAUCCACAUCGGGCUGCUGUGCGUGCAGGAGAACGUGAACGACAGGCCGACCAUGGCCACCGUGGCUCUGAUGCUGACGAGCCAUUCGAUGACUCUGCCGCUGCCUUCCAAGCCGGCGUUCUUCAUGAACACCGGCACCGGCGGGGAUUCUUCAUCGUGGGGAUACAGCAGCACUUCCAGGGAGGCAAUGGGUUCUUCUCCUUCUGUUGAAGCGCUUCCUUUGUCGAGAAAUGACGCUUCCAUAACUGAGCCGUAUGCUCGUUGAGAUCAAAAUGUGUGAUAUAUUGUUGGCUAUUGUUUUUGUAAAAUGUUAUAUAGUGCUUAACUCGCGGAUCAGUUGAGGAUUAGGGGGUUGAUUAAUUUUUUUUUUUGUUGUUGAUAAGAAGGCGUUUGAUCAAUUUUUUUUUUUGUCAUAGAUAGUUUGUAAUAGAUAGAGUGUUACAAUGCAGUGGAAAUAUAAAGGCGGUUGUCAACCAACUGGGUUGCUACCGAUGCAAGGGCCGUUUGUUUUAAAUAAAUAAUCAGGAUUCAUUGAAUUCUAUCAUUAAAUUUGUUUA